AUGGGAUGCAAGACGCUCAUCGUAACCAUCAAUCUGGAUACUAUCGCGAAAAUGUCUUGCAAUCCAGCAAUCGGUGGACUCGCAAAAGGGCAUAUCGUCAAGGAGAUAGAUGCACUUGGCGGGGAGAUGGCAAAGAACAUUGACAAGACAGGCAUCCAAUUCCGCCGUUUGAAUACAAAAAAAGGUCCGGCGGUUCGAUCCAGUCGCGCACAGGCAGAUAAAAAAGCAUACCAAGAUGAAAUGAAGCACGUGCUCGAAAAACAAGAACACCUUGACAUAAAACAGGUAUUGGUAGAAGAAUUGCUCGUUGAAAAUGAGCAAUGCAUUGGGAUUAAGAGCCGAACGCAAACCGCAUAUUAUGGGGAUGCAGUGAUUCUAACGACUGGCACUUUCCUGAGAGGAUUAAUUCAUAUUGGAGAUGUGUCGUAUAGUGCAGGUAGAGCAGGCGAAUCCUCCGCUGAGAAGUUGUCAGAAAGUUUUCUAAACCUCGGCUUUGAGAUUGGCAGACUCAAAACGGGCACACCACCCCGCGUCAACGCACACACCAUUGAUGUAAACCAGAUGGAAAUUCAGCUGGGCGAUGAAGAUCCGCUUCCGUUUUCUUUCUCUACUGAACGGAUUACGCAACCACAAGUGCCAUGUUACCUUACCUACACCAAUGAAAAAACACACGAUGUAAUUAAAGAAAAUCUUCACCGAUCAGCUAUGUACAGUGGUCGCAUAGUCGGCAUCGGUCCUCGCUAUUGCCCCUCAAUUGAGGACAAAGUUGUCCGUUUUGCCGACAAAACGGAGCAUCAAGUCUUCGUUGAGCCGGAAGAAUUAGAUACCGAUGAAAUUUACCUCAAUGGCAUUUCCGCGAGUUUGCCUGAAGAUGUACAGGUAGAAAUGGUGCAUAGUAUUAGAGGAUUAGAGAACGCUGAGAUUAUGCGCUUUGGAUACGCUGUUGAAUAUGACUUCGCACCUGCCACACAACUCCAACCAACACUUGAAACAAAAACAGUUCCCGGUCUCUAUUUUGCGGGGCAACUUAACGGUACUACGGCUAUGAGGAAGCCGCCGCACAAGGACUGA